AAAUAUAAAUAUUUAUUUUUAAUUUUAAUUUUUAAAAUUUGUUACAAUAAUAUUAUUUUUUCUAUAAGAAAAGGAAAAAAAAAGAUAAAUCUUCGGCUCAAAACGGUGUCGUUUUUGUAAUCAACCGUGAAAUCGAUGGCAGAUUGGUCUGAGGCUAGUAACUCCUCACGUCGUCCCGGGCUCAGAGCCUCAGACUCUCAUCGUCCAUUUCUUUGGUCACUUCAAUUCAGCAGCUUCUGCUUUCCGGGGGUUGAAAAGAGCGCGAGGCAGUGAACGAAACGAACGAUCUGAAACCCCACUGUUUGAUAGAGCACCUGCUAUGGCAACCAUUAGGGGUAUUCUUUCCCUGAAAAGGGCAGCUUUGACUCAGCAUCAUGGCGAGAAGUGGGUUCUAGGCUACAGAUUAUUUAGCACUCAAGCUGCAACAACAUCUAAUUCUCCACAACCUCCACCGCCUCCCCCGCCUCCAGAGAAGACCCAUUUUGGUGGCCUAAAAGAUGAGGACCGCAUUUUUACUAACUUGUAUGGGUUGCAUGAUCCUUUUCUUAAAGGUGCCAUGAAACGGGGUGAUUGGUACAGAACCAAAGACUUAGUACUCAAGGGCGCGGAUUGGAUUGUUAAUGAAGUUAAGAAGUCUGGUCUCCGUGGGCGUGGUGGUGCUGGUUUUCCAUCCGGCCUCAAAUGGUCCUUUAUGCCAAAAGUAUCUGAUGGCCGUCCUUCUUAUCUUGUCGUUAAUGCUGAUGAAAGUGAACCUGGAACCUGUAAAGACAGGGAAAUAAUGCGACAUGAUCCACACAAACUAUUAGAAGGCUGCUUAAUUGCUGGGGUGGGAAUGAGGGCUACAGCUGCCUAUAUCUACAUAAGGGGUGAAUAUGUGAAUGAACGCAAAAAUCUUGAGAAGGCUAGAAAGGAAGCAUAUGAAGCUGGAUUUUUGGGCAAGAAUGCAUGUGGGUCUGGUUAUGACUUUGAUGUACAUAUUCACUAUGGAGCUGGAGCUUAUAUCUGUGGUGAAGAGACUGCUCUUUUGGAAAGCCUUGAAGGUAAACAAGGAAAACCAAGAUUGAAACCUCCUUUCCCAGCUAAUGCAGGGCUGUAUGGAUGCCCUACAACUGUUACAAAUGUGGAAACGGUGGCUGUUUCUCCCACCAUUUUAAGACGUGGGCCAGAGUGGUUUGCUAGUUUUGGCCGAAAGAACAAUUCUGGGACAAAACUAUUUUGUGUCUCCGGUCAUGUGAACAAGCCUUGCACUGUUGAAGAGGAGAUGAGCAUACCAUUAAAGGAGUUAAUUGAGAGGCACUGUGAUGGUGUGAGAGGUGGAUGGGACAACUUGCUUGCAAUAAUACCUGGGGGUUCAUCUGUGCCAUUGCUUCCCAAGCAUAUUUGCGAUGAUGUGUUGAUGGAUUAUGAUGCACUUAAGGCUGUGCAGUCGGGUUUGGGUACUGCUGCUGUGAUUGUCAUGGAUAAGUCAACUGAUGUUGUGGAUGCAAUAGCAAGGCUCUCAUACUUCUACAAGCAUGAAAGUUGUGGGCAAUGUACACCAUGCAGGGAGGGAACAGGCUGGCUUUGGAUGAUCAUGGAAAGAUUGAAAGUUGGGAAUGCAAAGUUGGAGGAGAUUGAUAUGCUUCAGGAGGUGACAAAGCAGAUUGAAGGGCAUACAAUCUGUGCAUUGGGUGAUGCUGCUGCUUGGCCUGUUCAGGGUCUUAUUAGGCAUUUUAGGCCAGAGCUUGAGAGGAGGAUCAGAGAGCGUGCAGAGAGAGAGUUAAUGGUGGCUGCUGCUUAAUCUAUUCAGGUGAUUGGGCCCAUGUUAUUAUGGAAUGAAAUAGAGAGAAAAAAAAAAAAAAAAAGGCACUCCAAAUUCUAGGGGAGGUAGUUCAGUGUGACCAUUCUUCUCUGUUUAAUGUUGUAAUAGUUAUAAACAUUUUCCUGGAGAACUUGAUUCCUUUCUGGGUAUAUCAGGCAACGAUGUUGUGUGUUAUAUUACGCAUAUGAGAACACAUUGAAUAAUUCACUUUUAAUAAUGCCUGCGUUGUUUAAAUGUAA